GAGACCGCCACCGACAAGCGCACCGUCUACCGCCGCAACGGACGAUCACCGAAAGGUGAUCGUGCGUGCAUGGAGCAACCAUUUGUCCGCGGUCAUCGCUUCACGACCACGGGCCUUCUCACAGUCGAUGGGAUGGUUGGAAGGAGAGUUGUUCAGGGUUCUAUG